AUGGCAAGAAACAGCAACGACCCGCACCAGCAAGUGGAGGAUUCAUCCUGCUUAUUUUUGCCCCUCAGCAGUCGCUUCCCUGCGAAGGCGGCAGAAGAACUGAUGAAGAGCCUGCUUGAGUCCAGGCUGAAAGGGGAAACAUACUCAGCUGAUCAGGCUUGUCAGCUCUCAAAGAAUCUGGCAAUUUCAUUGCGAGAUGCUCUUACUGCCCUUUUGAGACCGAAAUACAGGAUAUGUAUCACAGUUGACCUGGGGGAAGACUGCGGCCAAGGUGUUCGAGUUGGCUGUCGCUGCUUGUGGGAUAAGAAGACAGACUCAUUCGCCAGUGCGGUUUAUAGAGAUACAGCGUUCUUCUGCGUUGCCACUGCCUAUGCCGUGUAUCAUUACUAA